GGGGGGAUACGAAGGAGGAGAGAUGUCGGGAGAGAGAGGAAAGUCAAAGCACGUUGCCAGAUUGAGCGAGACAGCUACGGAGAAGGAAGGAUUCUAGUCAAGUCGAGAAGACAGAGGAGAGAGAGAGGCAGAGGCAACGCUUGGUGGAUGUUAACUUUGCCUGGAUGACUGGUUAGCAGCUGCAAGAGGAGCAAGGAAGGAGAAGAACCGGUGGAUUUUUUUUUUCUUUUUUUUUUACAAUAUGUGUGUCCCUUGAAUGCACCAGGAUGCUGAGUCUCAACAAGGGGAAAAGUUGGCCGUGGCUCGACUACAGAGGGAAGUGGCAAGGAGCAAGAGUGAAGAGACAAUGCGUGAAAAGCUGAUCCACGAGCUAGAGGAAGAGCGCCGCCUGCGACUGGAAAGCGAAAAACGUGUGCGGGAGGUGACAGAGGAGUCCGAGCACGGACGGGCCCACAUGGUGUCACUGCAGCAGCAAUUCUCCAGGAUGGAAGAGACGGUGCGGUCGCUGCUGCAGAACCAGGGCCUGGAGCAGACUGCUGUGGACACUGUGGACCUCAUGAAAGCCUACAAGGAUAAGCUGUCAGAGGAGGUGCAAAAGCAACAUGGCGGCAAAGAAGAGGAGGAGGAAGGAAGCGUGUCGAGGAGCGAAACGGUCCGAGAGCUGUUGCUGUCCGCGGGUGACGAUGUCGAAACAAGCCAGGGGGAGGACAAAACCAAACUGCUGCUGGAGAGGCUGAAGAGCUUGGAGGAGCAGAAUUCGGCGCUGGCCAUUGAGAACGAGAACCAGAGGGAGCAAUAUGAAAGAUGUCUGGAUGAGGUGGCCAAUCAAGUCGUCCAGGCGCUGCUCACUCAGAAGGAUCUUCGAGAGGAAUGUGUGAAACUGCGCACGCGAGUUUUCGACCUGGAGCAGCAGAAUCGAGCUCUGAGCGUUUUAUUCCAACAGAAAAUCAAACCAGCUUCUGACCUUCUUCUGCAGAAACUUCACUCCAAGAUCAUGGACCUGUCCGCGGCCGACCUCCUCCUGGAACCCGACCGGAGCAAAGCGUUCCUGCAAUCCCGAAACUCCGACUCUCCAUCCACCGAUGUCCCGGUGAAUGGAAAGGCCGGUGGUUUCUCUGUGACCAAGUGUGUGAGCCAGCUGAGCCUGACUGCUCCAGAGCGCCCCCUGUACCCCCGCAGCAGCUGCAGCAGCAGUGAGAUCUCUCUGUCCAGCGCCUGCAGCGACUUCUCCAGCGGAUCAUACACCUGGAACGACGGGAGGUCCACAGGGAAAAUGUCUUCGCUGACCUGGGAGAAGAGACUGAGUUUAGGCUCUUCUGCUCCGAGCAACAUCCACAACCCCCCAGAAGAGGCGGUCCCAACCCGACGGAAGGAAUGCCGCAUCCUGGAGGGCCUUCGCAAACUUCAGCGAAGGAAGCACCGGAGCGCCUCUGCCUCACGGGUCACCAAAUCCUGCAGGGAAAAGGACUGCAUGAACUCCAACGAGGGCAUCUACUCCUUGGGCUUCAAGGGUGGGGCUAAAGACGUUCCCAAGUCUGGACAUGUUAGCAGGGCAGCAGGGAGGAAUCGGUUUGCCUAUGAUUCCGAUGACGCGGAUGAUGAACUGGUAAAAUCAAACCGUAGCGAUAACAUUCCUACGAAAGACGGUUGGUUUCAGUGUAAAAAGUCUCAUAGCAUUUCGGAGAGUUUGUGUAGCUGGGAGGGCCUACAGGACAAUGCACCUUCUGGUAUUGUUAGCUCUGAUCCCAUAGCUCCCAAGCAUCCCCCUGGUUAUGACUCAAAGGACAGACCGGAAAAGCUUUUGAGUUUCAUUAAUAGUUUUCUACCGGAAGGGGAGCGGAAGUCUGCUUUCUCAAAACCAGUCAAGCUACAUGUUGACACACCUGAGUUUCCGAAUCAGCUAUCAGACAUGGACGAUACUGAGGAACUUAUUUCAGAGUCUAGUGAUAUCCAAUUGCCCUUUCACCCACAAGUUGUAGAUAGAGAGCCCAAAAGAUUCUCGAGGGAUUCUGCAAAAUUUCUUCCGCAUCAGCACUUAAGGAAAGAUCAAGGUCGCACCCAGUCUGCGGAUAGCCGACCAAGACCAUUUAGCCUCAUCAAGGACCCCAAAGUAGCAAAGCAGUGUACGCAGUCUGAAGAAAGUAUCUUGGCAAUAUUUGACGCUGAAGGUGAACCAAUUGAACUAUGCACUCAGAAGUGCAUGGGUGCAAGUGUGACUGCAAAAGUUCUUCCUGAUUAUACAGAACUGAUACCUCAAGAGCGGCCAACAAGGCAAAAAUUGUCAAGGAACUAUAAAGUCUUGGAAUCACCUGAGAAACCCUCGGAAUUUCAAAGCAGGAUUCGAAUACCGAGCAGCAGUAGGGAGGCUAGCGAAGAGAGGCUGACCAUGCAAGUGACACCUCAAAGGAAGCUGAUCAAACCUCCAAGUAGCAGGGUUAGUAAAGGACUUUCCGUACCCCCCAUGAAUGAGCCAGCUGGUGCCAAGACCGGCGGUUCAAAAAUACCAGGUCGCAACAAACCAUCAGCUUCCCCUUUGAGAGUGUCUAAGGGCUCCACUACUGAACCAACUACCAACUCAGGGCCUGCUGCUCAGGAUAAAUCUCCCUUAUCUCCUACUGUCAAAGCCCCACGUUUUGUAAAAACCCAAAUUACAAACUGCACCCAGAGCCCCAAGUCUGUAAAAUUGCCAAGCAGGGUUGAAUGGACUAAAGGCCCAACAACCCCAGGCUCUCCCCACUUAGCGAGGAGACACUUGGAGUUUACUGACAACGGAGAACAACCAACUAAAGAUAAACACUGUGAAGCUAGCAAAAGUAAACUCAGGUCCCCAUCUCCUCCGCUACCCCCAGGCCGAACCACCUCUCUACUGGUUAGACCAAAUUACGAAAACUCACCUCAAACGCAUAAGCCUAGCGUGGCACAUCAAUCAACUACUGUGAGAGGUCCUCCACCGAGUUACAACCAAGCAAAUAUGCAAGCCACUCUUCCCAUCAAGGACAAAGACUGUUCAGACUUUGACGCUGGCUACGGGACUGCACUUGCACCUCAAAAACUGGUAGACAAAACCAGUCAGCACCUUCAAAAGUCCCCCGCUGUCACACAAACUAAAGGCACUUCGAAACGCUUGACAAAAGACUACCUCCCUUCUGCAAACUCAGGGUGUGCUCCGGAACCUGAAUCAAAAGCUUCCAAGAACGUCCCUCCCCCUUACAGUGCCCUCCGAGGUUCAUCAUUCCAGAAUUCUUUCGCAGCUAAGCGUGGAUCUUCCCAAGAACACCAAAUAGUUCAAAAAACGUCCAUCAGCUUACCAAUAUCUCUUCAGGAAUCCUCGCAAGCUAAAACAGAGCCGCCAAAAGCUGUCAUAAGCCCGCCUAGCUCAGUAGUGACUUCACCUAACGCAAAGUCUCGCAUUCCUAUGGGGUUCAAAGCAUUCUUGAAAUCUCCACCUAGCCAGAAAAGUAGCAUCUCCAUACCGGGCAAGCUAGAGAAGGAUCAUACCAAUUCUGUCUCUAAGGAAACCGUGACUACUAAUGCCUCAAUACAAUGUGACAGUUCUUUUGACCCAGCUAGCGCUACCAUUGCCGAAGCUAAACUGGAAGAUCAGGAAGAUGAAGUACACCUAGAGGAAGUAGUUGGGAAAAGGGGUAGUCAACUUUUCUCAAGGUCCAUAUCGGUCACUACAAAACCUCAUCUAAAACCAGCUCUAGGUAUGACGGGCGCAAAAGCACGUAGCCAGAGUUUUAGCACCAACUACCUUGAGAGACCUAACAUUAACACAUCAGACAUACCUGGGAGAAUCCGAACGCAAAUCAUCACCAACUCAGGAGAAAGAGGGAGUUCACUAUCACGGCAAAGUUCCUUAGAGGUACCUCAUGUAGAAAGUCCUAUCCACUCACCAAGAAGCAGGGUUAGUCAUUAUGGAGGUAUGACUGGGUCGAAUAGCCACAACAUCCUCCCUGAAAGAACCUUCAAAUGUGAUUCCAAAUGUGAGGAUGGUCUUAAGGGAGAGAUUGUCACAUCACCAUCUAAAAAAGAAGUGCGCAGCUUGCCAAUUAGUGACAGAGCUAGCAAUAUCCGUAAACCGUCAAAAGUCGCUUCACACCCACAGUUCCAACCACCUUCGUACAGCUCGGAAAACCCAUUGCGUGAAACAUUGGGGAUUGGGUCUUGCAAUGAUGAGCCAGACUAUAGCAGGGAAAUAGACCCAACUAAGCAACCUGCCGACGUCGACGAUAAGAAAAUCAGCCCUACAGCAUGCACCAUCGAGGAGAGGGUCAUGAUGGGGAUCGAGGAGAAUCUCCAAAAAUGUCAAGAACAGGAAAAAGUUGCAGCCAGUGAAGCGAAAAAGACUGGACCCUCUCUGGCAAAUUGGUUCGGCCUGCGCAAAAGCAAGCUGCCAGCAAUGAGCGGUAAGAAAACAGACUCCCCCAAGGGAAAGGAGGAAAAAAAGGAACUCAAGAUCGGAUCGGUGCUGGGAGGCAAGCAGAUCAAGUUGGACAAGAAAAAGGACAAAAAGAAAAGCGAUAGCCAGCAGGAAGGCCCGGCGACGAAUCUGGCGGAGGUGAACAACAAGCUGAGCACCAUCAUGGACCACUGCAAUAACCAGAUGGGUCAGAUUGCAAGCCAGAUCCAGUGCACCACGGCGUUCAUCGGCAAAGAGCAGCUGGUGAAAGAGAUUCUCGGCAGGACGGCGGUGAAGGGCAGUUCGGUGACGGCUCCGCAUGGGAUUUCAACACCCAAGAAACAAGUGGAAAUGGAUGCGGAGAUAUGCCACGAUAGUUCGAUGCUGAUCAUGAGUCCGAAGUUGAACCCGAAAGCGGAGACGGACGACGGGCACAUUAUGGACUCCUCCUGUCAGGACCACAUGAUCGGCUCCUGUCAGAUGAGGACCUUAGACAGCGGCAUCGGCACCUUCCCCCUGCCCAAGUCGGAGUCCUGCGGUCCGGUGACGGCGAUGACCUCUGACCCGGCUUCCUCCUCCUCCUCGUCGCAGCCCGAUGAUGUCACGGCAAACCUGGCCCCGCCCACUUCCCGUCUUGGCCACUCCCUCUCUGACCCCACUGUGACCCGGUGUAACGUACAGAGCCGGCUGCCCAAGCUCUCCACCUCAGAUGCAAUCAGAACCAAGAGGUCGAGUUUUUGCGCCAAUCGCGGCUCAGCUUCCACCGAUGAGAAGAGGGAAGCGGAGAGGAGGAGCAGGGCCAAGGAGCAGGAUACGCCUGGGGACAGAGCCCUGAGGGUGUGCACGUACUCGGGCAGCAGCAGUGAGACCGAGACUGAACCAGAGUCACCGCCGCGGAGGACGACUGGCCCAGCAGACCAGAGUGACCAGACCCUGAAGAGGUGCAGCAUGGGUAAAGGCCUGUCGAUCAUGGACUACUAUCAGCAGGAGGUCUAUCCCUGUCUGGAGGAGGGCAAGAGGUUAUCCCGCUACAGCCUGCUGCACCAGGAGGGGGCACUGGACGGAAAACCCGCCGAUGGCCUCACGAAGGAGAUUCCAAAGGAGAAGUCUUCGCCCGUGAUUUCCAACCAGCCCGUAUCAACCAUCGACCUGUCCCUGGAAUCUCUGAACAAGCUGAACCAGAGCCCCCCCAUUAGCCUGUACUCCGACUCCACUCUCAGAGACACUGGGGACUGCUGCCGAGUGGACAAGCCCUGCUCCAAACCCGGUCCAGAUCAGGCGGGAUCUUUCGCGGACUCUCUCUACGACAGCUUUUCCUCCUGCACCAGCCAAGGCUCCAACGAAGUGUAGCCUGCGCCGAUAGGUUGAGUUCACGUGACGACGCAACAUUCAAUAAUCCCUAUAGUUUAAACGGAGCUGGAGACAGGUCGGAAUUCUGUGGUGGAAUUUGCUGUUUAGCUGUCAGAUUGCAGAUUUGUUGACCUGAUUUGUGGUUCAUAUCUCUGUGAUUACUCGGCCAAUCCACAUGAAACAAAAACCUGGCACAAAGUUCAGCGUCUUUUCUGUCAGUAUAUUUUUUUUAGCCUGAGAAAGUGGUACCAUCAUUCAACUCAGCAUUAAUAUGGCAGGUUUGUGGAGCCAAUCUCUAACAAGUAAUGAUAAGGUUCGACGUUUGUGGUUCACACGUUGAAUAUUUCUUUUAAAAACAGCAAAUCUCCCGUAGAGUUACAUCCGUCCUUGUCCACCAUCUGAGUUUAUAACAUCAUCAAAUUCUACAACGUGAACACAACCUAUUUCUGGACUAAAUCGGGCUAAGUCAGCAUCCUUGACACUUCGUACUUCAUCUUCGGAUGUUUGCAACUAUUCCUCAACAAGUUUGGCCCGGACUUGGCGUAUUCAGUUCUGAGCAUGCAGUUUUAUGCUUUGCUAGACCUCCAAUGGAUUUUUUCUUAAACGUGAGACACAAAGCACUUAUUUGAAGCGAGAGGAACGUUCUUUCAACUCUGAAAACCAAACCAGGACUUCCGAAAACUCUUGUCAAGUCUCGAUUGCUGCGAAUCCUAUCAUUGCACUGUUGUUGUAUAAAGUUUGUAUUAAAAAAGUGAGCAGUGACUAUGAUGGAAACUCUACAACUACCUUCAGUUCAACAGUUUUAUCUUCCAGGAAAUUCACAUGGAACUCAAGGACUCAUUUCUCACCGUGCUGCUAAUACUUUGAUAUGUUUUUGCUAGCAAUUUUUCCACCAAAGGAGCAAGAAGUCUUUGAGUCGGUCCCAACGCGAUUUUAUGGGAAGCAGAUUAGGAUUAGCAUUAGCAUUGUACAAUUUCUCUGGUAUUUUUGCGUUGUAUUUAUUGUCUAUUAAUACGUUUCCCCACCCACUCUUCCUAUUGGUCCAAGUGAGUGACAGGUAGAUUUAGCCAAUCCUCGUGAAAUAUGAAAUCUCAAUAGAAACAGAUAGAGAUAUGAGUUUAUUACCCAUCUCGCAGCUAUUUUAUACUUGGCAUUGAAUGUAUAUAGGCCCACUCUAUGAACUUUCACAUAAUUUUAGCUUUAGCGUUUUAUUUUGUCCAAUUGACCCAACCAUAACACUGCUAAUGUUUAUCAUAAGCCUACAUUGUCUUUUUUAUACCAUUCUAUUUUGUGUUUCUCUGUGUGAGCAGAAGUAGCCUGCACUGGAAGACACUUUCUACUGUAGUUAUGCCGCUAUCAAGUCAUCGUGUUGUAGAUAUCCAUCAGUGGUAACACCUGUUAGCAUUCACUUUAAUUUCUAGAUUUUGUUUCUCUUGCUUCUCACAAAACAAAGGAUGAUUUCAGAUGUAGGGAGUGUCCCAAAGCUGGAUAUAUAGGGUUGUUACGUGUCACUUCUGGGUUCAAGGCAGGCAGCACAGUGGCAAAAUUUAAAAAACAAAGCUGUGAAGUUGUAGUCGGACCCAGAAGUUACAUCACUAUUUAACAACUCUAUAGGCCUAGAAAGUCAGUCAUGGUUUGUUGGUGUGGAAAAGUUGUACAUCUUACUACAACUAUAACUUUAGGAUCCACUUAAACAUAGUUGGUAAUUUAAUUUGUACAAAAAUGCUUCUGCAAAUGGGGUGCCUCAAGGGUGUGGCAAAGGGCCUUCGAAAAACUUGCAACAGCUCUGUUUUUACAAAUAAUUGAAUGUGAGAACUGUGACUCGGAAAGUUUCUUAUUUCUUUGGUGGAAUUACGGCUAAGGUUUUUCCAAAAAUAAUUGCCAGCUAGCUUGGCAACGUUAGCAUGUUCCUUUUUAAAGCAAUACAUGUACAUUUUGGAGUCGUUUUAUUUUCAGGUACAACACAUAUUUUACAGAAAGCUUCACUGAGGAUAUUACAUUAGUGGUACGUAGUUCGAUGUUUUAGCUUGAACGCGUUUACCCUCAGUUUUGGUAGCUCAGGGAACAUUGUGGAUUAGAUUGUAAACAGGAAUUUGAAUUAACCAUAACUCAUAAACUUUGUGUUCUAACUCCAUACUGUAAUGUAGCCUAGCCUAGCCUACGUGAACUCUCCAAACCUCUGCUUCCCUUUAAUUCAUGUUGUAACAUAUUUUGUACAUAAAUGGCAAAAUGGGCAUUGCUUAUCGAUAUAUGCAAAUGAAAUAUGGAGAUGGAGAUGUAAAUUGUUUGCCAAUCACUCAACCAAGUUUGUGAUGUAUAGCUUAACGUUAAAAUCUUUUCGUAAUGAUUUUUUUUUUUUUUUUUUUUUUUUUUUUGAAAUUGUUUAUUUUCUUUAAGAGCUAAACUAUUUUAUCACUUUAUUUUGAAAAGAAAAGACAUAUUUGAAUUUUAGGUGAUGCCAAAAUUUCUAUGUGGAAUCGUUUGACCAGCUGGUGCUAAUCAGUAUCCAACUGCGUUCUGUUUUUUUCUAUGAAACUGUUAAUAUUGUACGAGAAGAGGACUUGUGUAUUUUUCUAGCUGUCCAGUAUUUAUACCCACAUUUUGUACUGUCAGGCUCUCGUGCGAUUGUCAUGCUUCAAUCCUUCUCUCCUCAUCUCUUCCUGGUUCCUUUGUAAAAGAGAAACGGUGACCAGCAGUGUUAUUGUUAUUAUUAUUAUUAUGAUUAUUAUUACUGCGUGCAAUUUUGUCUGUUACACUAGACUUUAAUGCUAUAUUUUAUGUAACUAUUUCCUAA